GUGAGGAGGGGGUGGGGGCUGUGAUGGCCAGUUCCUGCAUCAUCGCGCCCACUGUCAACGUGUCGGAGGGGACUGGAGUCACGCAGGCCCCCUGGAACGGCAGCGCUUCAUUCGCCAACCACGGCCAUAUCAUCUCCACCGUGCUGAUCCUGACCUCGGUGCUGGGGGUCCCGCUGAAUGGCCUGGCCCUCUGGGUGCUCGGCUGCAAGGUGCGGCGCAGGAACCGCUUCGCGGUGUACGUGCUGAACCUGGUUUCGGCCGACUUCCUCUUCCUCGCCCUGCAGGCCGUGCACAGCGCCUGCGUCUUCUCCAGCGUCGACACCUCCAACCCCGCCCUCCUGGUCUUCCGCUGCCUCAUCGUGGCCUGCAACGUGGCCAGCGCCUACCUCCUCACCUGGAUCAGCGUCGAGCGCUUCUUCGGCGUGGCCUUCCCCAUCUGGUGGAGGCUCUCCCACGUCAGGGCCUCCGCCACCCUGGCCUCCUGUUCCAUUUGGGCCCUCUCGCUGGGCAUGGGAGCCCUGUACGGGGUCAUCCGCGGCACGUCCAUCGCUAGGGAGGGCCUGGUGGCCGCCGAGUUCACCCUGGCCUUCGUCAUCCCGCUCGUGGCCUUCUCCCUCGCCAAUGUCUUCAUCCUGUGCAACCCAGGGCAGCCCUCCAGGAAAACCACCAAGCUCUACAGGGCCAUCACCCUCAACGCCGUCUUCUUCCUCAUGUGCUGGGCCCCCUACCACAUCAGCGUCUUCCUCUACUACCGGGCCAUGGCGGACAGGCUCAUCUCCCGCUGCUUCUCGGCCUUCUAUGGGGCCUACUACUCCAUCUGCCUCCUGCACAUCAAGAGCUGCGUGGUGCCCCUGGUCUACAUCUCCGUCAGCAGCGAGUUGAAGAUCCAUUUCCGCCAGUCGCUCCCCAACAUCUUCGAGCGUCGCUUCAGUGAGGAAUCGGGCCUCUCUUCCCCGCAGCCCCCAGCAGGAGAAAAUGGCAGCUGCUUGGCCAGAGAACCCUGA